UUAUGUAGAGACUAAUCUAGAAAAACUGUGAAGAAAGUGUGCUAAUUAAAACCCAAAAGCUAUGGGGUUUAGGCACACUGCAGUGAACAGAAAAUGGACAUCUCUUUUCUUUCCAAAACAGAACCUCUCAUUCAGGAAGAAUUAAUAAAAUGUUUUGAUGCUGAUAAAUCAGUAGACGAAGGCUAAGAGGCAGUCCUCUUCUAUACUGACAGAAGAAAUCCAGGUGGAGAAAAAACAUGCCUUUGUUUAGUAAAUCGCACAAAAAUCCGGCUGAGAUUGUGAAAAUUCUGAAAGAAAACAUGGCCAUAUUGGAAAAACAAGAAAAAAAAACAGAAAAGGCAUCAGAAGAAGUGUCAAAAUCCCUGCAAGCAAUGAAGGAAAUUCUGUGCGGUACCACAGACAAGGAGCCACCCACAGAAAUAGUGGCUCAGCUGGCGCAAGAAUUGUACAACAGUGGCCUUCUAGUGACUCUUAUUGCCAACUUGCAGCUGAUAGAUUUUGAGGGCAAAAAGGACGUUUCCCAGAUAUUUAACAACAUCUUGAGAAGACAAAUUGGCACACGCAGCCCUACUGUGGAAUACAUUAGUGCCCAUCCACAUAUCCUAUUCAUGCUUCUAAAAGGAUAUGAAACCUCGCAUAUUGCCUUACGCUGUGGAAUUAUGCUAAGAGAGUGUAUCCGACAUGAACCGCUGGCCAAAAUCAUACUUUUCUCAGAGCAGUUCAGAGACUUUUUCAAAUAUGUGGAAAUGUCAACGUUUGAUAUAGCUUCUGAUGCCUUUGCUACCUUCAAGGACUUGCUAACAAGACACAAAUUAUUGGUAGCAGAUUUCCUGGAACAAAAUUAUGAUACAAUCUUUGAGGAUUACGAAAAACUCCUUCAUUCUGAGAAUUACGUAACAAAGAGACAAUCUUUGAAGCUGCUGGGUGAAUUGAUUCUGGACCGGCACAACUUUGCCAUCAUGACAAAAUACAUCAGCAAGCCAGAGAAUCUGAAGCUGAUGAUGAACUUGCUGCGAGAUAAAAGCCCCAACAUUCAGUUUGAAGCAUUUCAUGUAUUCAAGGUAAGCUGGAGUGAGCUGUGGAGGCAGCAGACUUUUCUCUUCUGCUUAUAAAAGGGUCUUCCAAGGUGGGCAAAAGAAAGGCCGGAAGAAUAGGGCUAAAGGGUUUUCAAAUCACUCCAAAUAUUUGAAAGUGUCUUAAUAGCAAACCUUUCCAUCAGUGAGCCUCGGUCUGAUUUGUCUUUGCCUUCCUUCGGGUGAGAUCUAAAGCAGCACCACUUCUGUUCAGGCUGAGGGUAGUCACUCAGAUAGCAAUGAGCUGGAAGGUAACAAAAUACAUAGCUUCUACAUGGUAUCCACAGCGCCUUCCCCCACUUCUUCGGUCAUUUUACUCAGUGAUUCUGUGGAAAGAUAAAAGAAAACAGUGUGCUGAAACUCUACAAGUAAAGAGUGCUAGCACUGUGUAACAGUGGGAACACGAUUUGCUUUUAAACCUAUUAAAAAGAUUUGGUAAAUCUGUAAUGAGUUUAAUCCUUCCAUCUUUUUGCACUGAUCGUUAAUGCAGCUGUAAACAAUU